UCGAUACCAUCCGCAAUUACGCGAUAUAAAAGGAACAGGCCGGAAAACCCAAGGCAGUGUCGUUAGUAGUCAUUUCUAAAAAAGUCAUUCGUAAAUUUGCCGAAGGUGAAUUGAGAACAAAAGAAAGGCAACAUUUUCAAAAAUAAAAUAUGACCAAUGUCAUAUUUCUUUAUUUAUUGCUGGGUGCCACACUGCACUGUGUCUGGACCCUAGACGUAUGCAAAGGACAACCGAGUGGAACAAAGUUAGUGCAUCCAGCUGAUUGCUCACGGUACAUUUUAUGUAUACAUGGUAAAACGAAAUCAAUAUAUAAAUGUCCUGCCGGGUACCACUUCAAUCGCUUGGCCUCGGUGUGCCAAAAAAGGGAAUAUGCCGCCUGUGAUCCUCUACUCUUAAGAUCACCUCUAUUUAAUGAAAGCGAUUGCAUGUACUGUAGUUCUGUGUGUGGAUGUUCUUGUCCAGAAACAGAACCUAUUACUCCCGGUACUCCAUGUCCACCAGGAACACCAACUGCUGGAACACCAGGUACUCCCACCGAAGAUGGUCCCGGUACACCAGCAACACCUACUGCAGGUACGCCAGGCACACCUUCAGAAACGCCUGCAACUCCAACAAACCCAGGCACCCCGGGAACUCCCGGAACUCCGACUGCUGGCACACCAGGAACUCCCGGAACACCGACUGCUGACACACCAGGCACACCUGGAACUCCUGGAACACCAACUGCGGGUACCCCUGAAACACCAGCUACACCUACAGAAGAUACCCCUGGCACUCCUGGAACACCGACUGCUGGCACUCCUGGUACCCCUACCGGAGAUACCCCUGAUACACCAGCUACCCCCGGAACUCCUACCUCAGGCACACCAGGAACUCCAGGCAUCCCGUGUACGCCAACCAGUGCAACACCAGGCACACCUGGAACUCCCGGAACACCGACUGCUGACACACCUGGAACUCCCGGAACACCGACUGCUGGCACACCUGGAACUCCUGGAACACCAACUGUGGGUACCCCUGAAACACCAGCUACACCCACAGAAGAUACCCCUGGCACUCCCGCAACACCGACUGCUGGCACACCUGGCACUCCUGGUACCCCUACCGGAGAUACCCCUGAUACACCAGCUACCCCCGGAACUCCUACCUCAGGCACACCAGGAACUCCAGGCAUCCCGUGUACGCCAACCAGUGCAACACCAGGCACACCUGGAACUCCCGGAACACCGACUGCUGGCACACCUGGAACUCCUGGAACACCAACUGUGGGUACCCCUGAAACACCAGCUACACCCACAGAAGAUACCCCUGGCACUCCCGGAACACCGACUGCUGGCACUCCUGGUACCCCUACCGGAGAUACCCCUGAUACACCAGCAACCCCCGGAACUCCUACCUCAGGCACACCAGGAACUCCAGGCAUACCGUGUACGCCAACCAGUGCAACACCAGGCACACCUGGAACUCCCGGAACACCGACUGCUGACACACCUGGAACUCCCGGAACACCGACUGCUGGCACACCUGGAACUCCUGGAACACCAACUGUGGGUACCCCUGAAACACCAGCUACACCCACAGAAGAUACCCCUGGCACUCCCGGAACACCGACUGCUGGCACACCUGGCACUCCUGGUACCCCUACCGGAGAUACCCCUGAUACACCAGCAACCCCCGGAACUCCUACCUCAGGCACACCAGGAACUCCAGGCAUCCCGUGUACGCCAACCAGUGCAACACCAGGCACACCUGGAACUCCCGGAACACCGACUGCUGACACACCUGGAACUCCCGGAACACCGACUGCUGGCACACCUGGAACUCCUGGAACACCAACUGUGGGUACCCCUGAAACACCAGCUACACCCACAGAAGAUACCCCUGGCACUCCCGCAACACCGAAUACUGGCACACCUGGCACUCCUGGUACCCCUACCGGAGAUACCCCUGAUACACCAGCAACCACCGGAACUCCCACCUCAGGCACACCAGGAACUCCAGGCAUCCCGUGUAAGCCAACCAGUGCAACACCAGGCACACCUGGAACUCCCGGAACACCGACUGCUGACACACCAGGCACACCUGGAACUCCCGGAACACCGACAGCUGGUACACCUGGAACUCCUGGAACACCAUCUGUGGGUACCCCUGGAACACCAGCUACACCUACAGAAGAUACCCCUGGCACUCCCGGAACACCGACAGCUGGAACACCAGAUACACCUACAGAAGAUACUCCAGGAACUCCUGGUACUCCUACCUCAGGAACACCAGGUACUCCCGGCACCUCGGGAACGCCUACUGGUGAUACACCUGGAACUCCUGGAACACCAUCUGUGGGUACCCCUGGAACACCAGCUACACCUACAGAAGAUACCCCUGGCACUCCCGGAACACCCACAGCUGGAACACCAGAUACACCUACAGAAGAUACUCCAGGAACCCCCGGAACUCCUACCUCAGGCACACCAGGAACUCCAGGCAUCCCGUGUAAGCCAACCAGUGCAACACAAGGCACACCUGGAACUCCCGGAACACCGACAGCUGGCACACCUGGAACUCCUGGAACACCAUCUGUGGGUACACCUGGAACGCCAGGUACACCUACAGAAGAUACACCAGGAACUCCAGGUACACCAGGAACACCAACAGCCGACACACCCGCUACACCGGGCACUCCAACAGCUAAUACACCAGGAACUCCUGGCACCCCGGGAACGCCUACCGGUGAUACACCAGGAACACCGACUGCUGGAACACCAACCGCGGGUACACCUGGAACACCAGGUACACCUACAGAAGAUACUCCAGGAACUCCUGGUACUCCUACCUCAGGAACACCAGGUACUCCCGGCACCCCGGGAACGCCUACUGGUGAUACACCUGGAACUCCCGGUACCCCUGGAACACCAACAGCCGAUACACCAGGUACUCCUGGAACUCCAACUGCGGAUACACCUGGAACGCCAGGUACACCUACAGAUGAUACCCCUGGCACUCCCGGAACACCAACUGCGGGUACACCUGGAACGCCAGGUACCCCCACAGAAGAUACUCCAGGUACUCCUGGAACUCCUACCUCAGGAACACCAGGAACUCCUGGCACCCCGGGAACGCCUACCGGUGAUACACCUGGAACACCGACUGCUGGAACACCAACUGCCGAUACACCAGGUACUCCUGGAACUCCAACUGCGGGUACACCUGGAACACCAGGUACACCUACUGAUGAUACCCCUGGAACACCGACUGCUGGAACACCAACUGCGGGUACACCUGGAACACCUGGUACACCUACAGAAUAUACUCCAGGUACUCCUACCUCAGGAACACCAGGAACUCCCGGCACCCCGGGAACACCCACCGGUGAUACACCAGGCACACCUGGAACACCCGGAACACCAACUGCCGAUACACCAGGUACUCCUGGAACACCAACUGCGGGUACACCUGGAACGCCAGGUACCCCUACAGGAGAUACACCAGGAACUCCAGGUACACCAGGAACACCAACAGCCGAUACACCUGCUACACCGGGCACUCCAACAGCUAAUACACCUGGAACUCCCGCCACCCCUCCAACUCCCCAGUAUUGUCCAAAUAAUUCAACUAUUUGUUACAAUAAACCGGAUAACGACAAUGGAUAUGUAAACGGUACGUGCUCUCAAUAUUAUGUAUGCUUAUCUCAGUGUGCAUACAUCUUCACUUGCCCCAAUAACUUGUUAUACAACACGAAUACCUUGCAAUGUGACUAUCCUGAAAAUGUAAAAUGUCCUUGGGAGAAUUUACCACCGACUGGACCAUCAGCAGGUCCAUCUGGACAUGCUUGCGAAAGUUCUGGAAAAUGUUUGCACCAGCGAGACGGUACGAUAUUUGCCGAUGACUCUUCACCGAGCAACUUUAUCAUAUGCCAGUGUGAAUGUGAAAUUGUAACGCCUUGUGCCAAAGGCUUGGUCUUUAACCCGGCAAUCAAUUCUUGUGAUUUUCCCAAGCAGAUAUAGUCGAUUAGAAAUAAUUUAGAUCAGCACAGAAAUAUAUGAGUAUAUUAUUAAA